AUGGAGAAGCAAGCAACAAGCAAGGUCUGCUGCGUUACUGGAGGUUCUGGAUAUUUAGGUUCUUGGCUUGUUAAGAAGCUCCUCCAUAAGGGCUACACUGUCCAUGCAACCCUACGAAACUUAGAUGAUAAAUCGAAAGUUGGGUUUUUGAAGUCCCUGCCUGGCGCACACACCAAACUGGUUUUAUUCCAAGCUGAUAUCUACAAUCCCGACGAGUUCAAACAUGCAGUUCAGGGGUGUGAAUAUGUGUUUCAUGUGGCUACUGCAAAGCAAACAGGCGACAGUCAAAGCUCACAGGUUAAUAACUAG